CGGGGCACGCGCGUCCUCGGCGCUGCGGUUUCUCCACGGCUGAUGCCGACUGCAGCUCGAGCUGAUAGAAACCCCUUAACGCACGAGCCAUGCAUCCAGCCCCGCACUGACCAGGACAAACGGACGCUGAGUAGGCGGAGUCUCAACUCUAUUGGCAAACAAUCUUUCAUACUGGUUUCCACCCCUCUGUAUCCUGGGGAUGAACGCACCAAUGAGAAGCUUGACCGGUAUGCCUGAUCGCAUGUUAUGUGCAGUGCUGGAGCAAUUUCAGCUUUACUUUUCCCGUUGAUUCACUCCCUGUAUAGCACGGCUAGCCCCAGCAUGCUGAAGAGGAAGCAGAGCUCACGCGUUGAGGCACAACCCAUGACCGACUUCGGCCCUGAUGAAACCCUCACCGACAGCGCCGAUAUCCUCUGGAUCAACAAACCAUGGGUGCACUCUCUGCUGAGGGCCUGUGCCAUAAUCAGUGUCAUCUCAGUGUGCAUGAACACGCCCAAGACCUUUCAGCACUACCCGCCCCUGCGCUACGUCACCUUCACCCUGGACACGUUGCUCAUGUUCCUCUACACGGCCGAGAUGAUCGCCAAGAUGCACAUCAGGGGCAUAGUCAAGGGAGAUAACUCCUAUGUUAAAGACCGCUGGUGCAUGUUUGAUGGCUUCAUGGUGGUCUUUCUCUGGGUCUCUCUUGUACUUCAGGUGUUUGAAAUAGCUAAGAUUGUGGACCAGAUGUCACCAUGGAGAAUGCUGCGUAUUCCGAGGGCCCUCAUAAUGAUUCGAGCCUUUCGGAUCUAUUUCAGAUUUGAGCUGCCACGCACUCGCAUAACCAACAUUCUCAAGCGAUCUGGAGAGCAGAUCUGGAGUGUGUCCAUAUUUUUGCUCUUCUUUCUGCUUCUUUAUGGAAUUCUGGGGGUUCAGAUGUUUGGCACAUUCAAUCACCACUGUGUCACCAAUGAUACCAAAGACAAUGUGACCUGGAACAACCUGGCCAUUCCUGACACCCACUGCUCCCCAGACGGAGAGGGCUACCAGUGUCCUCUGGGCUUUAAGUGCAUGGAUCUGGAGGAGCUGGGGCUCAGCCGACAGGAGCUGGGCUACAGCGGCUUUAAUGAGCUCGGUACCAGCAUCUUCACCGUGUACGAGGCUGCCUCUCAGGAGGGCUGGGUCUUCAUCAUGUACCGCGCCAUCGACAGCUUCCCGCGGUGGCGCUCCUACUUCUACUUCAUCACGCUCAUCUUCUUCCUCGCUUGGCUGGUCAAGAACGUGUUCAUAGCCGUGAUCAUUGAGACGUUUGCGGAGAUCCGAGUGCAGUUCCAGCAGAUGUGGGGCUCCAGAAGCAGCACAACAUCUACAGCUACUACACAGAUGUUUCACGAGGACGCAUCUGGAGGAUGGCAGCUCGUGGCAGUGGAUGUGAAUAAGCCCCAGGGCCGUGCGCCCGCCUGCCUCCAGCGAUUGAUCCGGUCCUCCAUGUUCCACAUGUUCAUCCUGAGUAUGGUGGCGGUGGAUGUGAUCGUGGCUUCCAGCAACUACUACAAGGGCAAGAACCACCAAAAGGACUAUGAUGAGUUCUACCAGGCCGAGGUUGCCUUCACUGUGCUCUUUGAUUUGGAGGCUCUUCUGAAGAUCUGGUGCCUGGGCUUCACCGGCUACAUCAGUUCUUCUCUACACAAGUUUGAGUCUCUACUGGUCAUGGGUACCACUCUGCACAUCUACCCUGACCUCUACCACUCUCAAAUGACUUACUUCCAGGUGUUGAGAGUGGUGCGUCUGAUCAAGAUCUCUCCUGCACUCGAGGACUUUGUGUACAAGAUCUUUGGUCCAGGGAAGAAGCUGGGAAGUCUGGUGGUGUUCACAGCCAGCCUCCUCAUCGUCAUGUCUGCCAUCAGUCUGCAAAUGUUCUGCUUUGUGGAGGACCUAGACCGCUUCACCACCUUUCCGCGGGCCUUCAUGUCCAUGUUUCAGAUCCUCACCCAGGAAGGCUGGGUGGACGUGAUGGACCAGACCUUGGCAGCAGUGGGGCGCAUGUGGGCUCCAGUGGUGGCCAUUUACUUUAUCCUCUACCACCUGUUUGCCACUCUGAUCCUGCUGAGUCUGUUUGUGGCAGUCAUUCUGGACAAUCUUGAGCUUGAUGAAGAUCUAAAAAAGCUGAAACAGUUGAAGCAGAGCGAGGCCAACGCUGACACGAAAGAGAAGCUUCCUCUGCGUCUGCGCAUCUUUGAGAAGUUCCCCAACAGACCACAGAUGGUGAAGAUCUCCAAGCUGCCAUCAGACUUCACAGUGCCCAGGAUUAGGGAAAGCUUCAUGAAGCAGUUCAUCGAUCGUCAACAGCAAGAUCCCAGCUGUCUGUUCCGCAGACUUCCGUCUGCAUCCUCUUCUUCCUGUGACCACUCCAAGAGGUCAGCCAUCGAGGACAGCAAGUACAUUGAUCAAAAGCUGAGAAGGUCAAUUUUUAGCAUCCGUGCUCGCAACCUCAUGGAAAAGGAGACAACUGUCAAUAAAAUUCUGAGGGCGUGCACCCGGCAGCGCAUGCUGAGUGGCUCGUUUGACGGCCAGCCGACCAAAGAGCGCUCCAUCCUCAGUGUCCAGCAUCACAUUCGCCAGGAGCGCAGGUCUCUCAGGCAUGGAUCCACCAGCCAGAGGAUCAGCAGAGGCAAAUCUCUGGAGACGCUCACCCAGGAUCACUCUAGCACGGUGCGCUACCGCAACGCCCAGAGGGAGGACAGCGAGAUCAAGAUGAUCCAGGAAAAGAAGGAGCAGGCUGAGAUGAAACGAAAAGUCCAAGAAGAGGAACUGAGGGAGAACCACCCGUACUUUGACAAGCCGCUCUUUAUAGUCGGGCGAGAGCACCGCUUCCGGAACUUCUGCCGGAUGAUCGUGCGGGCCCGCUUCAACGCGUCAAAAACAGAUCCCACGACAGGAGCUGUGAAAAGCACUAAAUAUCAUCAGUUAUAUGAUCUGCUGGGCUUGGUCACAUAUCUGGACUGGGUGAUGAUCGUGGUGACCAUCUGCUCCUGCAUCUCCAUGAUGUUUGAGUCUCCCUUCACCAGAGUCAUGCAUGCCCCUACGCUGCAGAUAGCGGAGUACGUGUUUGUCAUCUUCAUGAGCAUCGAGCUGACUCUGAAGAUCAUGGCAGACGGCUUGUUCUUCACCCCCACUGCAGUAAUCAGGGACUUUGGCGGCGUCAUGGACAUUUUCAUCUACUUAGUCAGCCUGAUCUUCCUGUGCUGGCUGCCCGAGGAUGUGCCCCCGGAGUCGGGCGCCCAGCUCCUGAUGAUGCUGCGCUGUCUGCGUCCGCUGCGCAUCUUCAAGCUGGUGCCACAGAUGAGGAAGGUGGUCCGGGAGGUCCUCAAAGGCUUCAAGGAGAUCUUUCUGGUCUCUAUUCUUCUUCUGACACUCAUGCUGGUGUUUGCGAGCUUUGGGGUACAGCUCUUUGCAGGGAAGCUUGCCAAAUGUAAUGAUCCUCAUAUCGGUGAAGAGAAAGACUGCCACGGCAUCUUCAGAAUUAACGUCAGCAUCUCCAAAAACCUGAACCUGAAGCUCCGGCCAGGAGAGACGAAACCCGGAUUUUGGGUGCCAAGAGUGUGGGCGAACCCUCGCAACUUUAACUUCGACAACGUGGGCAACGCCAUGCUGGCUCUGUUUGAGGUGCUGUCUUUGAAAGGCUGGGUGGAGGUGAGAGAUGUCAUCAUACACCGAGUGGAUCCGACCCAUGGCAUCUACAUCCACGUGUUUGUCUUCCUCGGCUGCAUGAUUGGACUGACUCUGUUUGUGGGCGUUGUGAUAGCAAACUUUAAUGAGAACAAGGGAACGGCUCUGCUCACAGUAGAUCAGAGGAGAUGGGAGGAUCUGAAGAGCAGACUGAAGAUUGCUCAGCCACUACACCUCCCCCCACGCCCAGAAAAUGGUGGCCUCCGGGCAAAGAUGUAUGACAUCACCCAGCAUCCUUUCUUCAAGCGGGGCAUAGCAGUGCUGGUCUUAACCCAGUCUGUUCUCCUCUCCGUUAAGUGGGACGUCAAUGAAGCGGUGACAGUUCCGCUGGCAACCAUGUCUGUUGUUUUCACCUUCAUCUUUGUCCUGGAGGUGACUAUGAAGCUGAUAGCCAUGUCACCGGCUGGGUACUGGCAGAGCAGGAGAAACAGAUAUGACCUGCUGGUCACGUCACUUGGGGUCAUAUGGAUCAUCCUACACUUCGCUUUACGUAAUGCCUAUACCUACAUGAUGGGCACUUGUGUGAUUGUGCUGAGGUUUUUCACUAUAUGUGGAAAGCACGUCACACUGAAGAUGCUUCUGCUGACCGUGGUGGUGAGCAUGUACAAGAGCUUCUUCAUCAUCGUGGGCAUGUUCCUGCUGCUCCUCUGCUACGCCUUCGCGGGCGUUGUGCUCUUCGGCACCGUAAAAUACGGCGAGAACAUCAACAGGCACGCAAACUUCUCCACUGCCGGGAAGGCCAUCACCGUACUGUUCCGUAUCGUCACAGGUGAAGACUGGAAUAAGAUUAUGCAUGACUGCAUGGUGCAACCUCCCUUCUGCACGCCAGACAAGCACCGCUACUGGGAGACGGAUUGCGGUAACUACGCCGGCGCGCUGGUCUACUUCUGCUCCUUCUACGUCAUCAUCGCCUACAUCAUGCUCAACCUGCUCGUGGCGAUCAUCGUGGAGAACUUCUCCCUGUUCUAUUCCACGGAGGAGGACCAGUUGCUGAGCUACAAUGACCUGCGACACUUCCAGAUCAUUUGGAACAUGGUGGAUGACAAGCGGGAGGGCGUGAUCCCCACCUCCCGGGUGAAGUUCCUGCUGCGGCUUCUGCGUGGCCGGCUGGAGGUGGACCUGGACAAGGACAAGCUGCUCUUCAAACACAUGUGCUACGAGAUGGAGCGGCUGCACAGCGGAGGGGACGUCACCUUCCAUGACGUGCUGAACAUGCUGUCCUACCGCUCGGUGGACAUCCGGAAAAGUUUGCAGCUGGAGGAGCUGCUGGCGCGCGAGCAGCUGGAGUACACCAUUGAGGAGGAGGUAGCCAAGCAGACCAUCCGCAUGUGGCUGAAAAAGUGCCUGAAGCGCAUUCGAGCCAAGCAGCAGCAGUCCUGCAGUAUUAUCCUCAGCCUGCGCGAGAGCCAGCAGCAGGACCUGCGGCGCCUGCUCAGCCCGCCCAGCAUCGAGACCACCGUGCCCAGCGACGACGCCGCCGGCAGCAACCAGGAAAACCCCGCGCAGCCCGAGCAGAACAGCGGCCUGCACACCCUGCUGAGCCCCACCCUGUCAGACCACAGCGGCUACCGGCAGGACUCGGCCGAGCGGCCCCAGCGGAAGCUGGGCCAGUGGAGGCUGCCCACAGGACGCUCCAGCAUGAAGUCCGUUGUGUGCAAGAUGAACCCUGUGAACGACGAGGCCUCCUCCGGGUCAGAGGUCAAAAAGUGGUGGACCCGGCAGCUGACGGUGGAGAGUGACGAGAGUGGAGAUGACCUCAUUGACAUUUGAGGGUCCGUGGCUGCAACCAUUAAGCGUGUCCUGUCCCUUCUGUCUCGCGCGGGCAGCGUCCUGUCCAACUGAAGUACCUACACUUUGGAAACUGUUUAUGCAUCUGAACAUACGUGAAUGAUGUAUUGAGCGAGUAUGCAAAUGCACCUGUGUCAGAAGGGGCACAAAGUAAAGUUUUAGUCCUUCCUGAAAUUCCAGAUUAACUCUCAGUACUUCCCUCAUGCCCCUUCCAGACUGCCAUCUGUGUUGUAACAGCAGCCUAUAAAAGGCUCAUUGACCUUUAAGCAUUAUGAAAUGGUUCCCAUCUACAUUUAAUGCCUGCGAUAUCAGUACAUGAUAUGCACUCGCCACCUUUAAGGAUCUGAGUUAGUAGGCGCUGCUGUUGAUUGGCUGUGCCCCAUCUGCCAAUGGCAGAUGAGCUCUCCCAAGGUUUGGUAUUAAUGAUGUGUGCCCUCAGGAAGUGGAGUGUAUUGUAAGAGAAUCCUGAACUGACACAGGUGCAGAACUUUAGCACACGUUCACGUAUGUCUAAGGUAAUUCUAUAUGAAAGCCAUUUGCAGCUUCUGUGUCUUUGUACUGGCAUCUUCACUUCUUAUGUAAUCUUCUGAGUUGCUUAUGGAGGAAUCUAAAUAUGUAUGUUCCUCAUGUCCAUGAUUGUUAUGGUGUAAUACAGUUUGCAAAUGGUCCUAACACUGCAAAGAUUUGCAGACAAGACAUGAAUGUACUUCUGUUAUAGUCUGUUCAAGUGACUGUGUGUAACGCUAAAGUAUUAUAAUAAAGUUAAAUAAGUUAUUUACUUUAGAAAAUAAAAAUAUCCUGAUAAUUUUUUAAUAAAAUAGAUUUAUUACAUUUAUAUGUAUUCUGUGAUUUUUAAUGAUAGAUAAUAUGAUCGAUAAUAAACCUGUAAAUAAUA